AUGACAAUACAGCGGCCGGUCGUCGGCCUUUAUGCUAUCGCUAGCCGCCAAUACACCCCACGGCUAGUCUGCAGCCAGCGCGUCCCCCUCCUUCGACACUAUGCCCAGCAAUCAACACAACCAGAUGGGACACCAUCAACCGCAGCUGCCAUUGUCAAAUCGGCAUUGACAGUCAUCGAGUCAAGAGCAAACGCCGAUCCUGUCAAUGCGCCUCGAAGCACCCUCCCACCACCCCUCAACCUCCCCACGCGUGGCGACGAGGCGGCGCCCAUCUACUACUUCCGACUUGGCAGGGCGUAUGGCACUUUCUACAAAGACGGCAUCAAAGCGGUGUGGUUCAACUUUAAAGCAUCCCGACUGCUUCAAGAGCGGAUCAAAAGCGAGCGCAAUGCCAAAGACGUCACUGACGCGGUGGAGAAGAAGGCCAUCACGAGGGCGGAGUUUCAGCUCUUAGCCCGCAACAGCCAUGAUAUUGGAAAGCUGCCCAUCUUCUCGCUGAUGGUGUUGGUGUUUGGCGAGUGGCUGGUCUUGAUUGUGCCUUUUGUUCCCAGUCGAGUGCCGGGGACUUGUCGGAUACCCAAGCAGACUCAUGGAAUGACAUUGAAGGCGGAGGAGAGAAGGCGGGUGAGCUUCAGGCACGGCAUUCCGGCGCCGUCAAAGGAGCAGAUGGCGAAGGAGGAUGUGGAUGCCGAGAAGGGUGGUGAAAAGACAUUAUGGCCAAUGGCAUUCAACCCCGACUAUGCACGCCGCAUCGUUGGAAAGCUUCGAGAUGACCAGCUGCAUCAUCUUUCGUGCAACCUCGGACUGCACAACAGCCUUUGGGAUCGGGUGCAAUUGGCGCCACCAGCCUUCCUUCUCCGCCGCUCCAUCUCAAACCGGCUACAAUACCUUACCCAGGACGACUUUCUACUGCUCGAGCACGGCGGGGUGGCGCGACUCACACCAGACGAGCUGCGCUUUGCCUGCGAGCAACGCGGCCUGGACACCUUGGGCCAAGAAGACAAGGCGCUUCAGCGGAAGUUGGAGUGGUGGUUGAACAGGCAGCGUGAGGAUGAUGGAAAAGGGCGGGCAAUGUUGACAAUGCUAUUCCGGAGGCCGAAUGCAUGGAAUGGGAAGGGCAAGCGCUGA